AUGGACUACUCGCGGCUCAAAGCUGCUGCUAUGCAGGGCGGUGAAGACGAAGAAGCCGUUACCGUCGAUACCCGUGCCUUGAUCGACAAGGUUCUUGCCAGAUACUCGGGCGAAUGGACAACGUUACGAGAGCUGAUCCAAAACGCCGCCGAUGCCCAAGCAACAACCGUAAAGGUCAAGUGGGAGACGUUGCCCUCGACUUCAGUCGCACUCCCCGCCACCACGAACCGCUCCGAACUCCUUAAGCAUGCCAUUGCGAACCACACACUGCGCCGCCUGGUCGUGGCAAACGAUGGCCAACCGUUCACCAAAACCGAUUGGGGGAGACUGAAGAGAAUAGCCGAGGGAAACCCCGAUGAAACAAAGAUUGGCGCAUUCGGUGUUGGGUUCUACAGUGUCUUCGCCGACUGCGAAGAACCUUUCGUGAGCUCCGGAAACGAGGCCAUGGCAUUCUACUGGAAAGGGAAUGCUCUCUUCACCAAGAAGUCUACUCUGCCCGAGGACCAGAGCAGUUCCGACACUACCUUUGUACUCGACUAUCGUAACUCCACCACGCCUUUGCCGAACCUUCUGUCCGUAAGUCAGUUCCUCGCCACGAGCCUUACAUUUGUUGCUCUGCAGCAUGUCGAGUUCUGGAUAGACGACUACAAAAUUUUGGAUCUUUACAAGAAGACCUCGCCCAGCCUUGACGUGCCUAUCCCAAGAGACGUCGAAACACGGACGAGAGAGGGGUUGAUGAAGGUCAAUUCCGUCGAACGCACCAGCACCCAAAUCGAUGCGGCUGUUAUGAGUGCCGCUGGAUGGAAGCCGAAGGCUGCCACGGCGUCCAAGGUAGCCGACCAGUACGGUCUUGGCUCCGAAGUCCCAUCGCUCCGAAGCUUCUUUUCCAGACUGGCAUCCAGCGCUUCGCAAGUUACUGCCAAAGGAAAGCAGCUGAAAGAGGAAGCGGCGGCUCAGGAAGAGAUCAGCGAGGACGUCACAAAAAUCUCUACCUCGACCAUCUUCCUCCGAGUAACAACCGCUUGGGUCAAGACCAGCGUGUCGGCGUCGUUCGCUACGGAGCUGGAGCGUGCAACGAAGAAGCCGCCGCCAAAGACCACAAAGCUGGCCAUUCUCACUUCAUCCUAUGAUGAAACCAUGGCUUCAGAAAGUUCGCGCUCCAGCUCCAUCUCCAAGUCUGUGGACGUAUUCGCUUCGGUGCUGCCCAGCAAGAAACCAGGCGGCCGCAUCUUCAUCGGAUUCCCCACAACACAAACAACUGGUGCCGGUAUGCACAUCUCCGCGCAGUCAGUCAUUCCAACCGUCGAGCGUGAGGCGAUCGACCUCAAUGCACGAUGGGUCAGAACAUGGAACAUCGAGAUGCUCCGCGCGGCUGGUAUCAUGACAAGGCUUGCAUUCAUUAAUGAGAUGGGCGACCUCGACUCCAAGAUCAAGAAAAUGGUUGGCGCCGGAACCAGAAUCCCAGCUGAGGAACUCACCAGACUCUUGCCCGAAGCCCUUCACAUCCUCAAGACGUUUUCCUUCUCUGACUCAACCCCAAGUGGCCAGGUGUCCCAGAUACUUGAGGAAGCAUUCUGGACGGCUUUCAAAAAGGCCUCUAUUGAAGUCUUUUCUUCCCGGGGUGUUCUGUCCAGCACCAAAGUGCGACUUGGCUCUGACGAGCUCAGCAAGUUCGUCGACACCAUCCCCGUUGUGCCUCGAGAGCUCAUGGAGAAUGCUUUCGUGAGGAAGCUGAUGGACUUCGGUCUCAUCCAUCCAAUCACUGUGGACGACGUUCGGACAGAGUUGGAAACCAAGGCCAUGAACAAGGAGCAACUUAUCAACUUCAUCAGCUGGGCCGGAAAGAAGGCUCUCAGCGGCGAGUUGGAUCCUCCUAGCAAAGCCCGCCUCCUCGACGUUGCUGUCGCAACCGUCAGUGAGGAUGGCAGUGCUCAAGGCGACAUCAUUGCGCUUGGUUCUAUUACGAACUAUCUGGCGGCAAACAAGAUUCCAGCGAGUCUGCCCAUUCCGCCUACCACCAUCCCUCUCGCAUACACUACCACCUGUUCCGCUCCUGAGUUACAGGCUCUGGGCUGGGAGCCUCUUGAGAUCGUGCCGUGGCUGCGGUACUUGCUCGAGUUCGGGUCCAGCAGACCCGACGAACAGAAUUUGAAUAAGUCUCCCAAAUUCGCAGUUCAGGUGCUUACAGUGCUGUCCAAAAAUUGGGACAACAUCAGUCAAAGUUCCAAAGGAACGAUUGUUAUCCUUCUUCAAGCUCACACCGUCAUGCCAACAAAGACCGGUAUGAAGAAGCCAACCGACUCUUUCUUCCCCAGUGUCAAGCUCUUCGACGACCUCCCUACAAUUCAGGGCUGCCAGGGCUUGAAGGAGAAGUUUCUUUCAGCCAUUGGAGUGCGCAAGACUGUCGAUCUUGACACCAUCUUCUCUCGACUCUUGAGUCCUUCGUCCGAGGGCGGUGCCCAGAGAUGGAGUCACAUGGAACUCAUCAAGUACCUCGCCUCUGUCAAGGACGAUAUCCCGGCGGCCGACAUGAAAAAGCUCAAGGAAACUCGUUUCUGCCCUGCAGAAGCUGGAUCGAAAGCCGCAGAGCCCACCAAAGGCACUACUGAGCUGUACAAAGUGUCGGAGUUGUUUGAGCCCCAGGACACAUUGAGAGCUCUUCGACUGCCGGUUUUGCAGUGGCUUGGUCCACCCGGAAGUUACAGGCCAAAUAGCCAUGAGGGUCGUUUCUUAUCCACCUUGGGCCUUCGGCCAUACCCUUCUGUCGUAGAGAUGGUCAACAUGAUGUCUUCCAAGGAUGCGGAACUGAGGGUAUCCGCAAUGACCUAUUUCAUUACAAACCAUCACAUCAAUGGCUACGGAGCAUUCAACCUCGCCGAUAGUCGCAAGGCCUUCUUGCCUCUUCAAAGUGACACCCGGCUGGUGGCGCCCUCGGCUUGUUUCACGAACGAUGGUGCCGCCGUACUGGGCUUCGAUAUCCUUAAGAAGGAGCUUCAUGUCCAUGCUAACAAGUUUGGUGUCGCGAGAGACCCGCCUAUCGCUGAAUGCGUCUCUCGUUUGCUGGCCAAGCCGCCUCAGGACCGACAGGCUGCGAUCACUCUUUUUGAGUACUUUGCCAUGCGUACCGGUGAUUUGGGCGAAGGUAGUCUGGCCAAGCUGCGAGAUGCACCUAUAGUUCCCGUCACAAGGAAAUCCAGUGAUGGCAACUCAAGGUCCGAGAAGUCCAGUACCUACACCACCCAUAUCAGUCCCCAACGAUGCUAUUUGGGCACUUCUACGACAUACGGCGACAUCUUUGACUUCGUCGACUAUGGAGCGAAUGCCAACACUUUCUUGUUCAAGUGUGGCGCCAAGAGCGAGCCCACGAAGCCAGAGAUCGCACACCUGGCUUGCAACGAGCCUGCUCGACUUCUCAGCAUUCUUCAAAGCCCGGAUAAGUACCUCGCUCUUUUGAAGUCAUUGGCCGAGAACAUGUCGACUCUGAAAAGGGAUAAAGAUCUCCUUAGGAAAAUGAGGUCUUCUCCUUUUCUGCUUGCGGCCAAAGAAAUCGCCUCGCCACCAUCCAAGGACAAGCUUAUUGACAUCGGCGACGACGACGCGCCUAUCAAGCAGUACCAGCUUGCCGCGGCCAACCGCAUCGUCAUCCUGGACGACAUCAUCAGUUACCGUUUGUUCAAGGAUUAUUUGAUUACCGCGCCCGAGGAGGAAGUGCUCGAGGAGUUUUACCACCAACUUGGUGCUUCUACGUUGAGCUCGCUCGUGCAAGAGGAAGUGCGGAUCGGCCCCCACGCAGACAAGCAAGACCGGGCAGCCGCAUUACGGAAGCAUGUCCUCGAGCGCUCCAAGAUCUUCCUCCACGAGUAUUCGAACUACCGACGGGACUACAUCAAACACGAUGCCAAAUGGCUGGAGAAGAGCUUACAAGUUGAGCUUGUUCGCUCCGUUGCACUUCGCCGCUCGCUCAAGGGCCACAGUCACUCACACACGGAGAAGAGGUCUGCUGCCAGUGCUCAGUCUGGCUCAACUUGGAUCCUAUACGUUGCCGCAGAAGGACAGCCUGAUAUGUAUCAAGUCGGCCAGGCCAUAUGUCAACUCCUCCUGUCCCGGCCGAACCAGCAAGCGUACCUCUUCUUCGAACCCUUUCUUACCCUUGACCUUUACGGCUUGCGAGCCCGAGGUUACAACGUCGAUCGUAUUCUACGAGCCAAGGCGGCUGAGGCAAGAGUUGCUGAGGAGGAGCGUCGGAAGGCUCUGGAGGCCGAGCAAAAGCGAAUCCAAGAGAAAGAGCAAGAAUGGGGCCAGCAAGCCAAGGCUGCCGAAGCUGCUCGGCAGGCCACCAAAACCCCUGAGCCAGUCAUGCCAGGCUCUUUCAUGAACGAUAGCCCGGAGGAUUCGCACAGGCUGCCUCCUCCACAGCAGUCACGGAAGAGCAAGGGUCUCUUCUCAAAUCUUACGCGUCGCUUCGGGUUUGAAACCAAUGAGAACGAUGAGGCGGAAGACCAGCUUCAGAAAUUUAUUGACAGGCCUCCCGAGAACCAGUCACAAGGCGCUGCGAACCAUCCUAGCAGCAGUACAGAGAAGCACAAGGACGAUGGCCGCGUGACCAACCCGGCGACCGUUGGACAGAAUUUGCUGAACGCCAUCAACUCUACUAGAGCCCAUGACUCCAACAGUGUGUUCUCGCCGCCGAGCGUAAACGAAGUCAAGGAGCAGGCCACGUACUGUGACAGCACCCCGUCGCAAAAUAUCGUUUUCGCGGCUGAAGCGUCAAACGGAAUGAAGGUCUUCGUCUCCAAGAAUUUGUCACUGGAGUCGGGUCAAUUUCUCUCUAAGCACCACGGGCCCAUCAACGCGUUCGCCUCUCUUCUCGCCGAGGUUGCUGGCAUUUACUCGCUGUCCCCGCGGGUUCUUAAUAUUUUCUACGACGAGUCAGGUUCCACCAUUGCUUUCAACAGCAGCGGCAGCAUCUUCUGCAACCUCCGGUUCUUCUUGCAGUUGCACGCCAACAAGAUGACUACAGCCCAGUCAAGCGAGGCAAAGGCCGAGGCGGCCGUGUGGUGGUGGGUUGUGCUGGCUCACGAACUGGCGCACAAUUUGGUCCAACCUCACAACUCAGAUCACAGCUACUACACCGAAUCAUUCAUUCAGCAGUACUUUGCCAAGAUGGUAGUCAAAACAACACAGUGGACUCAGCAGGCCGCUUCUGCCCCCCCUGCUCUUCCACCCGCGCCCUCGCAAUCCCAGACUCGAACCCAGGCGCAGCCGCCCCCUUCCUACCAAGAGAGCAAUAGACAGGCGCCAGGCAACUCUAGAUAUACUUUGUUUGAUUAG